GGUGCCACGUACUGGGCGGGACCGAAGUUGGGAGAACCUUACAGCGUCAACACGCUUCGUCUCCAGGGCAGCGCCAAGGAGCUGUCUCCUGCCACUUUGGAGAAGAGGCGGCGGCGGAAGCAGGAGCGGGACCGAAAGAAAAGGAAGCGUAAGGAGCUGAGAGCACAAGCGAAGGCGGCAAAGGCAGCUGAGGCCGCGGGGGCUGCCACGCCCCCCCCUGAGGCGCCCGUCGGAGAGGCGCAGGCUCAGCCAGCGCUGCUCUUCAAUAAGGUGGAAGUGAGCGCAGAGGAGCCGGCCAGCAAGGCCCAGCGCAGGAAGGAGAAGCGGCGGAAGCUGAAGGGGAACCUGACGCCGCUGACGGGGAAGAACUACCGGCAGCUGCUGGAGCGGCUGCAGGCGCGGCAGAGCCAGCUGGAGGAGCUGCGCGCGCAGGACGCGGGCAAGGCCCGUGAGCUGGAGACCAAGACGCAGUGGACCAACGUGCUGUACAAGGCCGAGGGCGUGAAGAUCCGCGACGACGAGCGCCUGCUGCAGGAGGCCCUGAAACGCAAGGAGAAGCGCCGGGCGCAGCGGCAGCGCCAGUGGGAGAAGCGCACGGCCCACGUGGUGGACAAGAUGCAGCGGCGGCAGGACCAGCGGCGCCAGAACCUGCGCAAGAAGAAAGUGGCCAAGGUCGAGCGGCGCCUGGAGAAGGCCCGCAAGAAGGGCCGCAUCCUGCCCCAGGACCUGGAGCGGGCCGGCCUGGCGUGACACCGCGGCUGGGCGCCCUUGCACCUGGGGCCGCGCCUCCAUCGAGGCUUGAGGAGCGCCUCGCGUCAUGUGACGUGGGAAGUCCCCAGUCUGUGCAGACUCCGGCUUCUCCAUGUAAAGUGCACGCUGUCACACUCAGGCUUAUUGAGAGGGCUCAGGUCAUGCGUACAAAAGAGAACAUUCUUGACAAUGGGGGCCCCGAUCUUUCAGACCCAGGGAAGGGGUGAAUGAGAGCUGGGCUCUAGCAUUCUCUUCAGAGGCUAGAAAGCUCCCCAGAAGUUUGCAGAUGAGGGACAAAGGAGUGGUGUGAAGGCGUGGGGACUUGGGACAGCACUUCACUGGCACCUGCUUCCUCUCCCAUAUUCAUUUACAGGAGCGGGAAGGGAAUGGCCUUGGUGACUGCCCAUGUCAGUCCGAAACUCACUUGGAAGGGAUAAAAAUCCAACACCUAUAGAUCGAGCCAAAGGUGGAGUUGAUGGGCCCGGUCACUGGGAGAAAGUGGAGCCAACCUCAGGCAUGAUGAGAAAUGAAUUAUUCUAAGAGUAUUUGUAAGAAGGGUAAGAAUUAGAAUUUAAGUUAAACAAACACAUUAAGAAUUCUAAGAUAACCACUAAAAGAUAGAAACAGUGUAUAUUAAACUAAGAGGAAAAAAAUGGAACAGGGUGGGAUGAUAUCAAUCUAGAAAGUAAGUGAGAAAAUAAAAACAAGAACUAAGUGAGGUGAAGGGAAGAUACACAGUAAGGUGGCAGAAUUACACCCAAGCCUACAGGCAAUCAAAGUGAAUGCACAUUGACAAAACUCAGAUGGAUUUUAUGCUAUGUGGGUUAUAUUUCAAUAAAGCUGUUAAUAUUCUUUUGAUUAAACUCCAGUGAAGAAACCUAUAACUGCUCUAAAAAGAGUUACAUUUAUUAAACAGACUGAUCUGAAAGCUUUCGUUGGGAAGUGCCACAUGUUACUUCUAAUAUUUCACUGGGCAACACAAGUCACGUGGCUGCACCCAACUUCCAGCGGGCACAUGCGGUCCUCCCCAGUGCCUGGAAGAGACUGCCAGGAUGUUUCAAAGAACCCUGGUGCCUCCUGAGAAAAUGCUGCCUGCCAACACGCUUGGUACAAAUUUCUAUAUCAAUCAGGGCUCUUGGCUGCAAGCUACAGAUGUAGCUUCUGUGGAUUUAAACAGAAAGGUGAUUUAUUAAAAGAAUAUUAGGGCACAUCCAACUCCAAGAUGUCAGAAUAAAACGCAUUUCCUCUAUUCUUUCAGGAAGCAUGAAAAGCCAACUAGGAAAAUAAACUCUAUCCUAGAUGUAACUAGGAAGCAUUUGAUAGUCCAAACCAUACAAUAGGUGGACACAGUACAAAAACAGUAGAUUGAGCAGGGAGCAAAAUGAAAUGAAGGGGUGUCCUUGCUUAGAGACCUCUAGGAGGAUUGCUAAAUCUCCUUCACUGAGGAGCAAAUACAAAAUCCUGUUCUAACAAGGAGAACGUGAUGAGUGACCCGGCAGCCAGAGCCUACGUGGAAGUUUGGUUCUGAGAAGCAGAGCGUGUGGCGCUGGGUGAACACUCACCAGAAAAGCUAUAUUUGCAGGAACUCAUCUGUUGGUGUUGGCCAGGGUGAGCGAGGCAUUG